CACAUCUUUCCCACUGUUUUGCUCGAUCAACCGUUUGUUUCAUGGGCUCGUUUUGGGAGCCAUAGAGCGCCAUGACCAACCCCAAUAAUAUUUUUCACAACCUCGUGAAGCUCUUCAAAUUUGGAUCCAGAAAAGAGGAACAUGCUGACAACGACAUAGAGAACAUAGUUGCACAUGAGCACAAGAUAUUCUCCUACGAAACAUUGAUCGCUGCUACUAAGAAUUUUUACAUUCUUAACAAGCUAGGUGAGGGGGGAUUUGGACCCGUCUACAAGGGGAAAUUGAAUGAUGGGAGAGAGAUUGCGGUGAAGAGGUUAUCGCAAAGAUCAAAUCAGCAGAAGACGCAGUUCAUUAACGAGGCCAAGUUGUUGGGUCGUGUUCAGCACCGUAAUGUGGUGAAUUUGUAUGGUUAUUGUAUCCAUGGGUCUGAGAAGCUUCUUGUAUACGAGUAUGUCCCUCGCCAGAGUCUUGACAAGCUUCUUUUCAGAUCAGACAAGAGAGCAGUGCUUGAUUGGAAACGUGGAUUUGAGAUAAUGAGUGGGGUGGGAAGAGGGUUGCUUUAUCUCCACGAAGACGCGCCCAAUUGCAUAACCCAUCGUGACAUAAAGGCCAGUAACAUCUUACUUGACCAAAACUGGGUCCCAAAGAUCGCUGAUUUUGGCCUCGCACGCCUUUUUCCCCAACACCAAACCCAUGGCUUUACACGUGUGGCUGGAACCAACGGCUAUAUGGCUCCCGAGUAUUUGAUGCAUGGACAUCUGUCUGUGAAGGCUGACGUAUUUAGCUAUGGGGUUUUCGUGUUGGAGUUUAUCACCGGCCACCGAAAUUCCUCGUUUCAUUUGGACGUCCAUGCACUCGAUCUCCUAGACUUGGCAUACAACCAAUACAAGAAAGGGAGGGCCUUAGAAAUAGUGGACCCUAUAAUGGCAUCUACAGUGGUGACUGAACAAGUAGAAAGGUGUAUUAAAUUGGGUCUACUCUGCACUCAAGGUGAUCCUCAAUUGCGUCCAACAAUGGGGCGUGUGGUGAUGAUGUUGUCGAAGAAACAAGGCUAUAUGGACGAACCAACAAGACCAAGAAUACCCAGUUCUAGAUACAAAAGAAGUGUACCUCGUAGUCAUGGGACUUUUGAAAUGUCUUCUACUAUUGGAACUUCUGCUUACGAUAUUGAUGACUCUGACUCAUACACUUCUUAUUUAAGCAAUUAUGGCACAAAUAUUACUUCUCCAACAGCAUCAAGCUCCGGUACUGCGGAAAUUGACCGACGAGGGAAACGACCAAUGCAGGGGUAG